AAGGAAGAGCCUUCAAGUAAGUGGAACAUUGAGGACAAAGGCCCUGAGGUCAGAGGUCAGCAGCUCCCUAGAAGGGCAACAACCCGGAUGUGGAGGUCAGAGGACAACUUUUGGGAGCCGGUGCUCUCCUUCCGGAAACCUGAUGGAACUCAGGCUCUCAAGUCUUGCCAGAAAGUGCCGCUCUGAGCCAUCUCGAAGGCCCAUCGCCAGACUUUAUUCUUUGGGAUUCCUUUGUUGUUCUGUUUAGGUUUUGUUUUGGUUUUAGAGACAGGGUUUCUCUGUGUAGCUGUGGAUAUCCUGGAACUUGCUAUAUAGAUCAGGCCGCCUUUUAACUCAGAGAUCUGCUUCCGCCUCUCGAGUGAUGGGAUUAAAGAAGUGAGUCCCAUUCUGGCCCAGCUUUAUUUUGUGGAAUUCUAAGGACAACCUAUUUAUUUAUGAAUGAGACAGUCUCAGGUCUUGAACUUGCUAUGGAGCUGAGAUUUAUCAUGAACUCUUGACCCUCUGACCUCCACGGCCCAGGGUUACACUGCGCACCUGGUGUAUACCGGCCUGCGUCUGUGACCUAGGGCUUCGUACGUGUUGGCACGCACUCUACCAACUGAGUCACACCCCAGCCUCCCUGCAAACCGGCAAAAUUUCUUGUUUGAAAUAACAGGAAAGACCUGCAGUGUGCGGAAGAGGAUGGCUUUGCUCCGCCCCUCUGGGUCCCUCUCUGCCUAAAUUCCUUCUCUCCCGAUCAAUCUUGAAGGCCUGUUUUACAGGUGGCUGUUAUCUGGCACAGAUAGCUCAGUCAAAUCCCCUCCUCCGCCCCCCCGCGCGCCCCAAACCCACUGCUGGGAUGGAACCCGAGCCGCUCUGGGGCCAAGCAAGCCCUCCACCGCUGACCUGCCACCAGCCUGGUAUCUUCUCACCCAUUUUAAAGACCGGGAGACCGAGCCUGGCUCAGUCCGGGGCUGGACCUCCCCUGCGCGGCCACCAGAGGCUGUGAGCACCCCAAAAGUCGAAGGCAGGUGGUAUUGAAAUCAGGUCCCGGGUCUCCCUUAACUCCUGGGACUCUGAACCUUGGAGGCGAGGCGCCAGGUAAUGGCUGAGGCAGGAUUGGGGCGGGGAAACCGAGGCACCCGCCCUCUGCAACUCUGGACUCUGUAGGGCAGGCAGGGAGCCGUGGGCGAAGGCUGGCCCGCGCCGCCUCUUCCCAACUCGUGCAGCCCGGAGCGACCCGCCGCGAAUCCGCAGCUCAGUUGGGUAGCACAGCUUGUCCUGGACCCACCGCCAAGAGAAUAAAGACUCGGUGAUCACCGCUUUUGGUCCAGGAGCUUAACUGCCUCUUGCAGCCUCUCUGACCACCUGUGCUUCCUCCAGGAUGGAUUCAUGGGUGGUGCUGCUGGGCCUACAAAUCAUAUGGCUCCCACUCCUGACCCACGGUACAGCCCCCACUCCCACCCUGAGAUUUGUGGCUGUGGGCGACUGGGGAGGGGUCCCCAAUGCCCCAUUCCACACAGCCCGGGAAAUGGCCAAUGCCAAAGAGAUCGCCAGAACCGUGCAGACGAUGGGCGCUGACUUCAUCAUGUCUCUGGGGGACAAUUUCUACUUCACUGGAGUGCACGAUGCCAGCGACAAGAGGUUCCAGGAGACCUUUGAGGACGUGUUCUCUGACCGUGCCCUUCGCAACAUCCCCUGGUAUGUGCUGGCUGGAAACCAUGAUCACCUUGGCAACGUCUCUGCACAGAUUGCAUACUCUAAGAUCUCCAAGCGCUGGAACUUCCCCAGCCCUUACUACCGUUUGCGCUUCAAAAUUCCACGUACAAACAUAACUGUGGCCAUCUUUAUGCUGGACACAGUGAUGCUGUGUGGCAACUCAGAUGACUUUGCCAGUCAGCAGCCCAAAAUGCCUCGAGACCUGGGAGUGGCCCGCACUCAGCUGUCCUGGCUCAAAAAGCAGUUGGCAGCAGCCAAGGAGGACUACGUUUUGGUGGCCGGCCACUACCCCAUCUGGUCCAUCGCCGAGCACGGACCCACGCGCUGCCUUGUCAAGAACUUGCGACCAUUGUUAGCCACAUACGGGGUCACUGCCUACCUGUGUGGACAUGACCACAACCUGCAGUAUCUUCAGGACGAGAACGGUGUGGGCUAUGUGCUGAGUGGGGCCGGCAACUUCAUGGAUCCCUCUGUGCGACAUCAACGAAAGGUCCCCAACGGCUACUUGCGGUUUCACUAUGGAUCUGAGGACUCCCUGGGCGGCUUCACACAUGUGGAGAUAAGCCCCAAAGAAAUGACCAUCAUAUAUGUGGAAGCCUCUGGAAAAUCACUCUUUAAGACCAGCCUCCCAAGGAGACCCAGACCCUGAACACCACGAGAGUCCUGCUUGUCCGCUAACGGGUGUGAGGGAGGAGGCGUCUGCAGGCGUGGUGGGUGGGCCCUGUGAGGACCUCACUCACGGCAGCUUCUCUGCCCUGGUACUCUGGCAGAGAGGGAAGGGGAACCAAGGGGCUUACUUACAGGAAAGAAGUAUGCCCACACCAACUGAUCCCACAGCCAGGCUCACCCCUUUUAGGGUAGAGCUUUCUUGGGAACGGGCUUUCCUUUCAGUCAAGUCUUACUGUCACUGCUAUUCAAUAAAACAAUGCUUUGUCUCCAGAA